CCUAACCUUGACAAAAUGGCUGCGCCCAUGGAACAGAACUUCUUACUUUUGUUGAUACUAUAAAACGCUGAAAUAUGUGAUAAAAACGUUAACGACAAUGUCAUUUUUUCAAGCAAAGUAUCUACGGAAAGCCAGCUCACCAAUUGUAAACGGAAAACGUUUAUACAGCGGCUUAUCUGGAAUAACUCCUGUGAAGAAUCCAACGUUAUGUAGAAAUUGUCUCGACCCAAAUUGUCUGAUCAAAAAUGUUUACUUAACCAAGUGGUUUGCAACUAAACCGAAAGUUCUAACUGAUGAAUGUGACCAUGGACAUAAUGGGUCUUCUCACAAUCAAGCUUUGGAAAGACCCAGAUUAAAGAGAAAGCAGCUGAACAUCAGGGUUCCUAAAAACAUCCGCAGCAAGAUUACACAGCCACAGCUGCUCUAUGUAGACAAACAGGAAAAUGACAUAAUUCCCAAUUCAGCCACUGAUAAGGACUCUACUUUUGAUGAUGAUUUGUUUUUAUAUAUUAAAAAGAGCUCGGUGACAGUUGAUAUAAACAAAUCAUCAAGUAAGCCAAUAGAAGUGAACGUUAAAGACAGAGAUGAGACUUUGGAAAUCAAUCUUGACUACGUGGAGGAACUGGAAAUGGAUAACACAAACCCAGCUCAAAAUAUUGAAUCCAUCACUGAGGUAUUGUGGCGGGAAACGAAACUGGACUACAACAAGCUACCUGAAUACUACAUGAAACUUUCAAAAAUCAGACUGACAGGUUUGGUAGUAAUCACCACAAUGGCUGGGUACGCCAUGGCGCCUGACCCUUUCAUGUUAAGCACAUUUCUUAUGUGUACUGCUGGGACAGCCCUCACAUCCUGCUCAGCUAAUUCCAUCAAUCAGUUCUUUGAAGUGCCCUUUGAUGCGCAGAUGAACAGAACAAAGAACAGAGUCCUUGUCAGGGGUCAUUUGAGUCCCCUGCAUGCUGCUACGUUUUCUGUGAUAACUGGUACAAUGGGUGUUGGAAUCCUGGCUGCAGGGGUAAACCCUGUAACAGCUGCGCUGGGGGCUUUCAACCUCGGGCUGUACACUAUGGUGUACACGCCCAUGAAGCGGUACAGCAUCGCAAACACAUGGGUUGGGUCUGUGGUUGGUGCCAUCCCACCUAUGAUGGGUUGGGCUGCCUGCACUGGGGGCCUUGAGCCAGGAGCAUGGUUGCUGGCAGCAAUUCUCUAUGCAUGGCAGUUCCCCCACUUCAACUCUCUGUCCUGGAACCUCCGUCCAGACUACUCCCGUGGGGGCUACCGCAUGUCGAGCGUGGUGAGACCAGACAUGUGCAAGCGAGUUGCUCUACGUCACAGCAUUGGAAUGAUUGGACUUUGUGGGGUUGCCCCGCUUGUAGAUCUCACCACAUGGACCUUUGUGGCAUAUUCACUGCCCCUGAAUGUGUACAUGUCAUACCUGGCAUGGAACUUCUACAGAAAAGGGGACAGUAACUCUUCAAGAAAACUGUUUAGAUUCACUCUAGCUCAUAUACCAAUACUUAUGGUGUUAAUGAUUGCAUGCAAGAAAAGAGGAGAGAACAAACCAGAGCAACUUCAGUCAACAAAUCCACAAUCUGCAUUGGUUCCUUCAUUGUGAUAUAUAGUGAACAUGGCAAAUUAGUUUUCAGGGAACAGUGCAUUGGUUAAAAACAUUGUACAAAGUGAAUUGUAGACUGCAAAUGGUACAUUGUUCAAUUUUUACUAGAAAAAUAAAUGGUCGAUCUGUAUUUUAAUACCUUGGUGAAAUACAUGUUUUCAUGCAAAAUGGUGUGAAAAUCUUGUCAUUAUUUUCAAGGCACUAUACAUAUUUAUUAACCUACAUCUCUCUGAUGUUGGACUAAUGGUUAUAUGUUUUAAAUAAUAAUGGUAUGUGGCUUUUUAUGAAGAUGAAUCGAUUACUUUUUUGGCAUAAAAUAUGAACUGUUGAUUUAAACUUUCUCCUUCACAUGGAUUGAAA